AUCUCGAACUGUCGGAGGGAGGAUGUACCACUUCACUCCCGUGGUCACUCGUGAACUCUGCUGACAUGACCGAGAUGUGCUAGCACAAAACCUUAUACACGAACUUUAGUGCACUUUUGGUACCCAUCACCCACCACGAAAAUGAAGUUUACUGUGGCAUUAUUCGUGUUUGCAAUUGUUUUUGUAGCACGUUCCAUGGCAUUUGUUUACAAUGCUCCCGAAAACUGUGACUGGAGAUUGCGUGACUCUGAACGUGAGGAAGUGGCUCUGUCCUGCAGUUUGCGGACCAUUGGAAGUGACUUUUCCGGUAGCAACUUUACGAUUUCUCAAAGUGAACAUAUUUCUGAGCUGGAAAUUCUCUGCAGUGAUGUGUUAUUCUUCCAGUCCUCCCUCCAGCCUCGUGUGUUCCAGCGCCUCUACAACUUGGACACAAUCGUCAUCGAGUUCUGCAAGCUGACGAGUCUACCUCCUGGAGCUUUCUUGGGUUUGGAUGCCAUGAAGCGACUAACAGUGAGGACCCACAACAGUGACUGGAGCGCCAUGGCUCUGGAACUGACUCCUGACAGUCUGGUCGGUAUGCCUCAUCUGGAACGCCUCGACUUGGGUCAAAACAAUAUAUGGAACUUGCCCGAGCGUGUGUUUUGCCCCUUGCCUGCCCUGCGGCACCUUAACCUGACUUGGAAUCGCCUGCAGGAUGUGUCUGAGGUAGGCGUGACAGGAAGCUGCGGGGCCCACCUGGUCACCCUCGACCUGUCUGGCAACGACUUGGUUGUGCUGCCCGAGUCAGGCCUAGCGGGGCUACAGUCCCUCCGAGAGUUAUAUUUGCAGUACAACGACGUAUCCAUGUUGGCUGAUGGCGCUUUCCUGGGGCUCACCGCGCUUAAUGUGCUCAACAUCUCCAGCAACCGCUUGGUGGCGCUCCCACCGGAGGUGUUCAAUGAAACUCUGGGCCUGACGGAGCUCUAUAUGCAGAAUAAUAGUGUGAGCGUGUUAGCUCCGGGGCUCUUCUCGGCGCUCAGUCAGCUGACCGUUUUAGAUAUGUCGCACAACCAGCUCACAUCGGAAUGGGUGACAGCGGACACCUUCCGCGGCCUCCUGAGGCUGGUGGUGCUCAAUCUCAGCCACAACCGCCUCACUCAGGUUACCCUCGACAUGUUCCGCGACUUGUCCACGCUGCAGGUACUCGAGCUGAGCCACAACGACUUGACGGUGGUGAGUGACAUGACUUUCUCUCCUCUAGCCAAUCUUCACCGAUUGGACUUGAGCUACAACCAUUUGCUAGCUGUAGAGACACGUAGCCUCUCGGGGCUGCACGUGCUGUCAUCUCUCUCUGUGUCCCAUAACAACAUCUCAAGGAUCGCCUCCGAGGCGUUCGACAACUGUACCAACCUUCGUGACAUCCGUCUCGAGUACAACGUCCUUCGGGAGAUCCCAGAGGCCGUGCGUGAGGCGGUUUCUUUGCGAACUCUCAGGAUCAGCCACAACCAACUCUCCAGUGUGUUGCAGGAUGACCUUACCAGCCUCUCGGCUCUCCGGCAUCUUGACCUGUCAAAUAACCUGCUGCGAGGGUUGUGCAAGAGCUGUCUUGCUGGCCUCGCAGACCUUGAAGUCUUGGAUCUUUCCCGGAACGAGCUGGGGUCAGUGCCACACGGGGUCUUCGACACCAACACUGGACUCAAGUUACUGCGUAUGGACGGCAACAAGAUGAGUGAUAUUAACGGAUUGUUCGCAUCUCUCCCAAAUUUACUGUGGCUCAAUGUGUCUGACAACAGAAUUACUUGGUUCGAUUAUGCUCUCAUUCCUAAUCAGCUCCAGUAUCUCGACCUUCACAACAACAGAAUUGGUGAUUUAGGAAAUUAUUUCAGUAUUGAGAGUAAGUUAGAACUUCGUACCCUUGACGCAAGUCAUAAUCAAUUAGAAACUCUGACAGGUGCUUCCGUGCCGAACAGUGUUGAACUUCUAUUUGUGAAUAGCAACAGAAUUACACGCAUCGGUGCUGGAACAUUCUCCGAGAAGCAUAACUUGUCUAUGGUGGAUUUAUUUGACAACCUUCUCAGCAAACUUGACCUAAAUUCAAUCAGCCUUCCCCCAGUUGCCGAGGACCGUGACCUUCCCGAGUUCUACAUCGGUGGGAACCCCAUCUUCUGUGACUGCAACAUGGAGUGGAUGCACCGCGUUCACCAGAUCAGUGGGUUGAGACAACACCCUCGUGUUAUGGACCUUGACAAGGUGAUUUGCACGCUUCCUUACCCGCGAUCUGAGGAGAAUCGAAUCUCAUUUUUGGAGACACAACCCUCCCAGUUCCUCUGCCCCUACACGUCUCACUGCUUCGCUCUUUGUCAGUGCUGUGAUUUCAUCGCUUGUGACUGUCAGAUGACGUGCCCUCAAGGCUGUUCCUGCUACCACGACGAGACGUGGGCGACCAACAUCGUCGACUGCUCUGCCAGAAAUCACCACCACCUUCCCGACGAUAUUCCAAUGGAUGCUACUGUCGUGUUUAUGGACAACAACGAGAUGCCCGUUCUCGAUGCCCACCAGCUCAUCGGCCGUAAGAACAUGAUGGCGCUCUAUCUCAACAGCUCCCGAAUUGAAAGAAUCCAGAAUAGAACAUUUCAUGGUCUGUCAUCCCUCAAACAGCUUCACCUUCAUGACAAUAUUCUGGUCGAACUCGAGGGUUUCGAGUUUGAGCAUCUCGAACAUCUCCGUGAGCUCUAUCUUCAAAACAAUCGUCUGAAAGUGAUCAACAAUGCAACUUUUGCAGGCUUGAAAUCGCUUGAAUUCCUCAGACUGGAUGGAAACUUUCUGUUUGAUUUUCCUGUUUGGCACUUGAAGCUCAACAAGGGCUUGAAGGACGUGACCCUUGGUGUCAACCUGUGGUCGUGCCAGUGCCAGUACAUGGUAGACUUCAAGAACUGGCUCAUCCGGGAAACUGACGUUGUGAAGGAUGCAAAGACAAUAUUUUGUGUGUCUAAUUCUUCAGGAGAUCCUGGUCCCUAUGUUCUCGAGAGCUCCUACUCCUGUGAGAAUUUCGUAGCGACAUCCAUUGUGCAGGAGAAGCUAGAGAACGACUUCCUGCAGCCUGUUCUGAUCACCUUGGGUAUCUUCUUCGUCGUGCUGGUGCUCGGCGUGGUGUUCGCUGUGUUCAGAGUGCGCCUGCAAGCCAGCGUGUCAAAGAAAUGUGGCUUGAAGUGCUUCCCAUCCCAGCCUGCACCAGCCAAGGAGGAAGACAGGAACAUGAUCUAUGAUGCCUUCGUCAGCUAUAGUGAAGUGGACGCUCCCUUUGUGACGGAAGUGUUUGCCUCGGAACUUGAGAACGGUGACACUUCCUAUAAAUUGUGCCUUGCCUCAAGAGACUAUCAAACCGUUGGAACAUAUGUGGGGGAUUUUAUUGUUCAUUCGAUAGAGUCGAGUCAAAAGAUCAUUCUAGUCCUUACUAAAAACUUUGUCGAUCAUGACUGGUGUAAAUUUUCCUUCAAGGCAGCUCAUUUAGAGGCAUUGAAAAAUGUAAAAAAUCGCGUGAUUAUCGUAAUGUGUGGUGAAGUGAGCGAGAGUGAUAUGGACUCCGAUCUCGCAGCCAUUGUGAAAAGUGCCACUAAACUGAAGUACGAGGACAAGUCCUUCUGGAGUAAGCUCCACGCAGCUUUACCGGGAGGGGCCAACAAGAACCAGCAGUGCUUCAUCACCGACACUAACUACAUAAUGAGGAACAGCGUGUCGGCGCUAACCCCGUCCAACACCCUCACAAAGCAGAGUCAGCUGGUGCCCAACAUGGUGCUGACCAACUCUGUCAAGACCCCUGUCUCACACUACCACCAGCAGCAUCACCACUACCAUCACCAACAGCCGUCCAUAAACAGUGACCCAGGCGAGCUCGACAAGACCUUCGUCAGUGUGGAGACGGCCCAGUCCAGCCUCGCCCCUAGUCUUAACCACUCUUACAUGUCCAUCGACUACGCCGCCGCCCGCAACUCUCACAUCUAUGCCUCUAUUGACGAGACAACGCCGGCGCUGCCACCGUCCACGCUGCCGUCGGUACAUAAUCUCCACCACCACCUCCGCCAGCAGCAGCAACAACUGGAGCGACGCCAGUACCUCCCACAGGAGUUACACUGUAGUAGUCAACAACGACGGCCCCUCUCCGGCACCACGUUACAGUAUAUCUUAUUACUGUUAAGGUUCGUGCGAGAGACCCCUUGUUGACUGCGGUUGCUUGAGGACAAGGUGAAGAGGAGUGUAGACGAGUCAAGAGAAAGUGAGAGAGAGCGCGUCAUAUGUUUGUGUCUAGUCAACACUUGUGUGAGAGGUGGUCUAGUGCCUUCACAAUACGGCCUUUGUUGUAGCGACGUGGCUGACUUUGCUGUAGCUUGUGUAGCGCGCUCUUUACCCAAUUUGCUGUCUUACCUGUACAUAAUGUAAUAUAAAUGAUUUUAUGUAUAAAUCGUGAUAUCUAUGGCCAAAGUGUGAUAAUAUUAGCUGUUACAUUGAGCUCAAGUCAUGAGUAAUAACGGGUAUUUUUAUAAAAUCAAAUAAUUACAAAAAAUAAAAGGAUGAUUUGUUA